GCAAUUCCCUCGAAGUGGGGAAGAAAAAAACUUUAGCAGAGAGCGAAGCAUCCCAUUGUGUCCUCUUCUUCACGAUAUUCGAAGAAGUCUCUCCUUCUUCAACGUAUCCUCAGAUCAGGAGAAGACUUCGGCAAAGUAUACGAUUCCAAAUUCCUAAGUUUUAUCUACGAAGGAUCCUGUGUAAGUUUGAUUUCGAAUAGUUGGUAGUUGAAAGUCGGAUAUGGCGGUGGGAGAGAAGGAGCAGGAAAGACCGGUGGUUGAUAACGGCGGCGAGCAGAGUGAUUCCGCCGUUGUACCUUCUGCCUCUGCUUCUGGCGAGAAGAAGAAGGAGACGAAGCGGAAAGGUUGGUUCUCGCGUAUUUGGAAUGGGAUUUUUAGGGUUAGAGGUGAUGAUUUCGAGAAGAGGCUUAAGAACAUCUCUAAGGAGGAAUUGACUGUUCGGAAUAGAAUGAAACGUAGAUCGAUUACGAGGAGGAGCUUCAUUAGAAAUCUCAUCGCUUUCUCUAUCUUCUUCGAGAUAAUUGCAGUGGGUUAUGCAAUCAUAACUACUAGAAAUGAGGAUUUGGAUUGGAAACUGAGGAGUUUCAGGAUCUUGCCUAUGUUUGUUUUACCUGCUCUUGCUUUUCUUGCCUAUUCGUCAUUUGUUGGCUUUUGGAGGAUGUGUGACCGCAGAGAUCAACAUACGUUGGAAAAGCUUCAAGCAGAAAUGCUUGGGAAGAUCAAUGAGUUAAAAGAGAGGACCAAUUAUUACAUCACUCAGCAACUUAUUCAGAGGUAUGACCCUGACCCAGCUGCAAAGGCUGCUGCUGCAACUGUUCUGGCAUCCAAGUUGGGUGCCGAGUCAGGCUUAAAAGUAUUUGUAGGAGAUGAAUCCCAACUUGAGCCCACCGCAAGCAAGAGCAGUGGCAUGGAUGUCAAACACUCAAAAGGGCUCAGGAACCGAAAACAACCAAGUACAAGACGCACCAGUGCUGGGACCACUCCAACACAUCAUUCUGAUAAUGAGUCUAACCAUUCAGGAACAAGCGAAAGAAUCACCGACACAGAGCAAAACCAACAGAUGGUGUUUGAGCAUUAUAAUCCUCAGGGACAUGCUGCUCAUGAUGGUAGCUGGAUCUCACGCAUUGCGGCUCUCCUUGUAGGUGAAGAUCCAACUCAGUCAUACGCUCUCAUCUGUGGAAACUGCCGUAUGCAUAACGGACUCGCCCGGAAAGAGGACUUCCCGUACAUUACUUACUACUGUCCUCAUUGUCGAGCUCUGAACAAGCCGAAACAUUCAGAAGAGCAUUCACUUACCGCUCCUGCUGAUACACUACCUACAGUUUCUCAUAAGCCAGUGGAAAGUGAAGUGAUCAAUAGCAGUAGCUCGACUAGUGAACGCGGUAACAGUCCAAUCCCUUUGUUAAACACUCCAGAAAUUGUGGAAGUUGUCCCGGAAACAGCUGAGAGCGUGACACCAAACUGACCUGAGAGAGUCCAUGUGAGGUAAAAAAAUGUGCUAGAACGAGAGGUAGAGAGAGAGAGCGAGAGAGAGAUGUGGAGUGAGGAAAAUGAUGAGGCCGAUAUGCUAAAAUCUGUAGAUGCUUGCAAUUUUGAUUGUGGAAUGAAGUCUGAACACAGACAAUCUGAAUAGUUCUUACACUGCUUUUUUAUAUUUGUCUUUUACCAUUUGAGACAAAAGGUAAACUGUUGAGUAAAUAUAUUGGAUAUAAUUCCCUUUGCUUUU